AUGUCUUCCAGAUCCAAGAACUCGCCGAGGAAGGGCAAGGAGACGGCCACGCAAGAACAGUACUAUGACCAGCAAUACUAUGGGUCCUUGGCAGGAACGAGCAGUUACUAUGCCUCUUCCACAACGACGGCAACUACGGGGCCCAGUAACUCUUCUGUGGAGGCAGGGACGCCGGAACAAACUGUUCUGAAGUCCAAAUCUAUCAAGAGUGAUGGUGAAAUCACGCUGCAAGGACCCAUUGAGGUUGGGGGAUCCGUGCGAUCUGGGGGUAAUGUCAUCUUCAACGGCGACUUUGACGUAAGAGACAAGGUUGAAGCAUAUGGUGCCAUCGAAGUCAAUGGCAAUUUGGCCUGCGAUGGAAAAAUGAAGGCGUACGGAAACAUUAAUGUGGCCGGAUACAUGUCUGUCCGUGACAAGGUGAAGGGAUUUGGAAAGUUAACGGUCUCGGGAACAUGCGAGGCCAAGGAACUGGAGAUUUAUGGUAAUACGACUAUCAAUGGCUUUUUGACGUGCAAAAAGAUGACACUGUAUGGCUCUCUUACGAUCAUCGGCCAGAACUCUGGUUACCAGGUCGAAGAGGACGAGAAGAUUUGGGGUGCCAUCAUCAGUCGCGAAGAAGAUGUGAGCUGGUGA